AUGGAGAAUCAAACCAGCAAUCAAAAAUCAUGGUCAAAUUCUUUUCUGGAUUCUUACAAAACAUUUGGAGCUCAAUAUGCACUUGAAAUGCUCCAUUCACUUGGUUCUUCAUUUGAUAAUAAAUAUGUGAUGAAUGAAUCUCUUCAAACAAUGAUGAUUGACUUGGCCAAUAAAGACGAUAAGUGUUUCUACAAAUUGGCUCUGAAUGCAUAUCAUAGUCUUCAAAAAAAUGAAUCACUUGAUUUAAUGACUAUUUUUAAUGAAGAUGAAUUUGAAUACAACAAACAUGAUUUAUUCAAAUUCGAUGAAGAAAAACAAGAAAAAGAUGAUCUCUAUUAUGAUGUUAAUGUUGUUCAUGUUACUCCGUCUUGUAUAAAAGUUAUGCCACGCGAACGAACUCAAGGUCAUCGUGUUCUACGUCAUCGUAUUUUCACUGAUGUUGAUGAGUUUUGUUUGGUAUACUUUAAACCAGAUAAAGUCGGAGAAUAUAUUAAUCAGUGUCGAUCUUAUGCGAUGGUGUUGAAAUCAGGUAUUCGUAUAUGUAAUAUACACUACCAUUUUUUCGGUGCAUCCAAUUCGCAACUACGUGAGCAUAGUUAUUGGUUUGUAAGAGCUAAAUCUCACGAAGAAAUUGAUCAAAAACGAAGACAAUUGGGCGAUUUUAGUAAGAUUACUAAUAUCGGAAAAUAUGUGGCACGUUUAGGUCUUUGGUUUAGCAAGAGUAUUCCAACUGGAAUUACACUCACUUAUACUGAAGACUUCGAUCGACGUGUUCAAAAUGGUGAAUAUUGUGUUACAAAAAUCGAUGAUAUUGAGCGUAAUGGUUAUUGUUUUACAGAUGGAAAUGGAUUUAUAUCAAAAGGUUUAGCAAGAAUUGUGGCCAAAAAACUUGGUUGUCGCAUAAAAACUUUGAAUCAUGAUAUCUAUCCAUCUGCUUAUCAAAUUCGAAUGGCUGGCUGUAAAGGUCUUGUCGUUGUUGAACCACAAUCCACAUUGGAACAAUUUUAUAUUAAAUUUCGUGAAUCAAUGAGAAAGUUCGACUCAGAUGACUGGAGUUUGGACAUUUGUGAAACUAGUCAACCGAUUCCGACCCGACUCAAUAAUCAAAUUAUUAUAAUUAUGUCCGAUCUUGGUGUACCCGACGAGACUUUUCUUCGUCUACAACGCAAGUGGUUUGACGAUAAAGAACGACCACCAAAUAUUACAGAACAUCUUUUAAAAAAUAAGUUACCAUUACCAGUAAAUGAAUGUCGAUAUAUGUUUGGUUGUGCAUUCGAAUCCGGUCUUGAACCUGGACAAUGCUUUAUUCGAUAUCAGAUUGUUGACGAUGACGGAAAACCACUCAAAGAACCUCGAUUUGAAACCGUUGUCGGACGUGUCAUUGUUACAAAGAAUCCUUGUCCUUAUGCUGGUGAUAUGAUAGUAUUAGAAGCUGUCGAUUGUCCUGAACUCAAUUGUCUAACUGAUGUGAUCGUAUUUUCGACUAAAGACGAACGACCAGAUCCAAAUAAAAUUGCCGGAUCUGAUUUAGAUGGUGAUCAUUAUUUUGUUUAUUGGGGUCAAGAUUUGCAAUUGUCUCGAAAAGUUGAACCACUCGAUUAUACAUCAUUUGCAGCAAAGGUUCCUUCAAACUCUAGUCCUAUUACUAAUGUCAAUAUUACAAAUCAUUGUUAUUCAUUAUUGGGUGCUACGAGCUAUGGUGAAAUUUAUAAUUUACAUGCAAAUGUUGUUGAAAAAAAUCUAGAAAAUUGCGAACAACGUACAUGUCAGAAAAUUGCCAUUGAACUUGCGACAAUGUUUUCAGCUGCCAUUGAUUCUGCUAAAACGGGUUAUGUCAUUAAUCGAAAACGUUUAAGUCAAAUUCGCAAAACAUAUGGUACAAUAUAUCCGGAUUUUCUGAUGAAAAAUAACUCAUACGAAUCUCAAUCUAUUGUUGGUAAACUUUAUCGACAAGCGAUCGAAUACAGAAAUGCAAAUCCUGAGAGAUUUCGAAAUCAAGACAUGGAUUUGCACGCAAAUACAUAUAACAAUUUUCGAAUGAAGAAUAUUUAUUCGUAUGUCGAAAUACGUACUGCAUUGAACAUCGAUCCACAUAUUAUUUAUCAAGAAUUGAAAUAUUUUUGUGGUGAUAAAGUUCCAGAUGAAAGUAAAAUAGCAAAAUGUGUUGCCAUUUAUAAAAAGAAGAAUGAACAUAUUGAACAAUCCAUUGAAUCAUCUGGCCAUUCAUAUAUACCACCGAAAAAUACAGAUUUAACAGGACAAACUAUUAUAGUUACAGGAGCAGCAUCUGGUAUUGGUCGUGUAUCAGCAAUUGAUUUUGCUAAAUUAGGUGCAAAAGUAAUUGUUGGUAUACGUGGUCAAAGUCGAGCUGAAAAAAUAGCUCAAUUAUUAGAACAUGAAGCACAUAUAAUUGGUACUGGUAGAAUAAUUGGUUACGAUUUGGAUUUAUCAAAACUUUCAAUUGUAAAAAAAUUUGCUGAUAAAAUUCUUGAACAUGAACAACAUGUAAAUAUUCUAUUGAAUAAUGCUGGUACAGUACAAUUAGUACAUUCAGUAACAUUUGAUGAAUUAGAAACACAAUUCGGUAUAAAUCAUAUUGGUCAUUUUUAUUUAACAAAACUUCUUUUACCAUUAUUAAUUCAAUCAAAAGCGCGUAUUGUUAAUGUCAGUAGUCUUGGACACUGCUUUGUCGAUGAUCAUAUCAAUUAUGAAUUUCCUAGUUCAUCAUAUAAUGUACAAAUAGCUUAUGGUCAAUCAAAAUUAGCUCAAAUAUGGCAUGCUUAUGAACUACAACAACGUUAUGGUCAACAAGGUAUAAAUGCAUAUUCAUUACAUCCAGGAAUGAUCUUUACAGGAAUAACACGACGAGCACCAAAAUUAUUUGAUUUUGUUUAUCAAUUAGUAUUAGUUAUAGUUGGUAAGUCACUAAGUGAAGGAGCACAAACAAGUCUAUAUUGUUCAUUAUCAAAUCAAGCUAAACCAGGAAAAUUUCAUGGUAAUUGUAAAGAAGCGAAAACAAGUCCAUUGGCUUAUAAUAAAAAAUUAGCUGAAGAAUGUUGGGAAUUUAGUGAAAGAAUUGUUAAUGAAAAGACAAAACAUUUUUAA